CAGUCGUCAAAUAAACUUUGGUCUUCAACUAGGUUGACUAUCAUGUACACUUCCAUCAUUUAUAUCUGUAUGGCCUGCGCACUUCUUACUGUAGCCUUCGCCGAGAUACCAUCAUUCAUAAAAAUAUGUAAUCGCAAGGAUCCAGAGAUAAAUAAUUGUGUAUUAAAUUCAAUUGAACAAUUACGAAGCAAAUUAAAGACAGGAAUUCCAGAAUUAGAGGUUCCAGCAAUAGAACCGCUUACAUUAAAACAUAUACGAUUAUUAAGAGGUCCUCAAGCUGCAAGGCUUGAUGUCAAUCUUACAAAUAUACAGAUAUUUGGGCCGUCAACGUUUAAAAUUCGAGAUCUAAAAAUUGACCCGGAGAAUGUGUUUAUUACUUUCAAAAUUGGCUUCGAUAAACUUGACUUCAAAGGAAAAUAUCAAAUAAAUGCACAAAUUCUUUUGCUCAACAUAAUUGGAGAAGGAGAUCUCACUGGAAUUUUCCUUGAUUACGAUAGCGACUGUUUGAUGAAAAGUCAGAAAAUUGUUAAAAAUAAUAAAACAUAUGUGAACUUUGAAAAGAUGAAAAUUAAAAUCAAAAUAAACAAAGCUGUACUCAAUUUUAACAACCUAUUUGGUGGCGAUUCUGUUCUUGGAUCAGCGAGCAACGAAAUUUUGAAUGCAAAUAGCGACUUCUUAAUAGAUGAAAUAAGACCAAUACUGGAAGAUAGCUUGUCAGAUCUCUUCACAAAAAUCGCAAACAAGAUCACCUUAAAGUUCACAUACGAUGAUUUGUUUCCGAAUGAUUAA